AUGAUUGAGGAGCUUGUCCCAUUCGUGGACGAGUCUCCUGUCCCAGGACCUCUGAACUUCAGCAUCGCUUUGCGUAGCUCAAGUUCCACGAACAGCAUUCUCCCGUUCGACUUUACGUCGUUCACCACGGAUCUCAACCAGCAAACAUGGCUCCCCACGCCCCCGCCCCAGCAGCCUUCGGCUCCAACGAAUUCGAUCUUACGCGACAACAACAACAGCAACCCCAGUCCAUUGCCAGAGGACUUUGUGCUCUUUCCCGCUCCGUGUCCCCAGCAGCAACCCAGGGACUCGCGUGCUCCAGCACUCAAUUCCGCCCCUAGAUUAUCCGCGUUUCAACCUACUCUAGUCCAGCCAGGACAUCCUGUUAGAAGACAACCAUCAGCUUUGCACCAGCAGCUUUCAGGUUCGCCUGCGCAGGUUCCUUUUUCGGCCAGAUUAGCACCGCAAUCUACCGGGUAUCCUCUGUCAUCUGCUUCUUGGUAUCAUCCUUCUCUGCGAAAGCACUUUGCGCGUCGGUACGCAACACCCGCCGCUUCGAAUUCCACUCCCGCAGUCAACAACACUGCCUAUUCCGACCGUCCACCCGUCCCUUUAUUCAACGACAGGGCGGCAAACUACUCCGCUUUUGUGAACCAGCGCAAUCAACAAUUAAAAAAACAAUACGCACUUUAUUGGAAAAAUCGCCGCAUCAUGUCUACUCCGAACAUUGCCCAAGAUUUCCCAGAACUUUUUGACAUUCAGUCCAACCGCUUUGGGGACGAUUUCAGCUCCCCAGAGUCCGCCAUGCUCUCGCCUCAGAUUUCCAACUCAAUCUUUAGCCAGAUGGGGGACGCCGCGCCACCAGGUACCGUCUCGCCUAGGGACCUGUUCAUCGAUGCCUCGGCUCCCCCAUCGGCUACUUUCACUGACCUGAGCACUCCUCCCUUGGAUACUCCCGGUUACUUCAGUCAGAACACAUCUCCCAUGAUCAACACUGAGAUGGAUCUGAAUGCAGCACCCGAGGAGUGGGAGUCCCUGUUUCCUCAGGAUGGAUUCUCCCUGGAUCUGGAUGCGGCCGCCCUUGAACUCGCUGCCUCGCUUCAGCAGCCCAAAACGACCGGCCCACCUCCGUCUCCUGUGAUCCGUGCCAGCGCAUCUCCCGCGCCAUCUAUGUCCCCUGCCCCGUCCCGUCAAGGCAUCAAGCAUUCUACGGUGGCUGGUGUCAAUGCUCGUCAGCGCAAGCCUUUGCCGCCAAUCAAGUUUGACUCUGCGGAUCCCGCUGCAAUGAAACGAGCCCGCAAUACUGAAGCUGCUCGCAAGUCUCGCGCUCGAAAGCUCGAGCGUCAAGGCGAGAUGGAGCGCCGAAUUGAGGAGCUCGAGAAGUUGCUUGAAGAGUCCCAGCAGCGCGAGGAAUACUGGCGAAACGUGGCCGAAAACGGCUCGAACUGA